AUGGGUCGUUUUAUCGAACGUCGGCUCCGGGAGCUCUCAAAAGAGGAACUCAACGAGUUCAUGGCCUACUACGAGCAAUGUGCAACGAACAAAUUAACUUUGAGAAAAGCUGUGAAAGCUCUUCUCCCACAAGCUCGAGGCAACAAUGAAGAUGCGCGGGAAGAGAUCGUCGAGAUUUCACUUAAAGAAUACAAUGAAUGGGCUACGGAAAUGGCUGGAUGUGAGAUUGUUUUUGUCAAGUCGCACUCGGAUUAUCUGAAGCUGAAGUCGGAUGGGAAAAGUUUUGUCGUACUUUUCUACUCGUUGAAGAAGAUCUGGAACCAGAAUAGUCAAGCCCUCUACACGACCAACCUAUUCAAAUAUUGGGCAUCACUCAACGACAAGGAGCAUCUCUAUAUUGCCGAACUCGAAUAUGAUCUGGGGAAUAAGUUCUACUGCGGGUGUGGUGCCUGUGAUGUCACGAGUUUCACUUUCCGUUGCUGCAAUGAUUUUCACGGAAAUGAAUUUCUUGCCUUUGAUGAGCAACGACUCAAACGCUACUUAUCCACAUUGACUCCCUAUGAGAGGAUAAACAUUCUGGUAAUCGGCAAGACUGGUGUGGGAAAGUCGACGUGGAUUAACGCGACGGCCACCUAUAUUUCUCACGAUACACUCGAGUUCACCACCACAAAUGUUACACCUGAGAAAACGGACAUCAUUAAGAAG